AUGAAGGUGUACAAUGAAGGGGACACGGAGGAGCAGAUCCAGGAGCUGAAGACCAUCACGAGGCUCCAGGAGCAGUGCCGGGCGCUGCAGAUCCAGGCGGUAAAGGAGAAGACGGCCCAAAACAAGUCGACCCUGGCCCUCCUGCGUGGCAACAUCCGCCGCGGGGCCCAAGACUGGGUGCUGGCCCAGAAGUACGACGAGUGGACCAUCUCCAAGGCCUGCCAGACGGACCUCCCCAUGAGGCUGGCGCACUGCCGCAGCACCAUGGAGGUGGCGCGGGAGAAACUGCGCAAGUAUGUCUUCGACCGCGUGAACGUGCACAACAUGCUGACCCACCUGGUGCGGCGGCGCGGGCAGAAGCUGGAGAGACUGCAGUUGGAGCUCGCCAGCCUGGAAAGCCAGCCCGAGGCCACCAAGGAAGAGCUGCGGCUGCAGCAGGUCACCCGCCAGCUGGAGAACAACAUUGAGAAGAUUCUGGUCAAAAUCGCCACCAGCCAGAACGUCCGCCUGCUCUACGUGGACCUGCUGGAUUACUUGAAGAAGGAGCUGGCAGGGUACCCCACCCAACUGGACAAACUGCAGAACCUGGUGGUCAACUACUGCUCAGAGCUGUCGGACAUGACCGUCAUGUCCCGAGAUGCUAUGAUGAUCACUGAUGAGGUGAAGAGGAACAUGAGCCAGGCAGAGGCCUCCUUCAUCGAGGAGCGCAGGGCGCGGGAAAACCAGCUCAACCAGCAGAAGAAGCUGAUUGACAAGAUCCACACCAAGGAGACCAGCGAGAAGUACCGGCGGGGCCGGCGGGACCUGGAUUUCCCCACCAACUUGAUGAGCACAGAGAACCUGAAAGUGAGGCGAAGAGAGACCUCCAAGACUGACAUCGAGUACCAGGAGGAUGUGACCACAAUGGUGGAGCGCGUGAAAUCUGCUGUGCGCUGUUCACACCUCUGGGACAUCGCUGGCCGGUUCCUGGCACAGAGAAACACGGAGGACAACCUGGAGCUGCAGAUGGAGGACUGUGAAGGGCGGCGGAAGCAGCUGGAAAUCCUGAUGAAGAGACUGGAGCUGGAGCAGGCAGUGCUCAAGUUCCACCAGGCGCCCAGCUCCGUCAGCUUUGUGUCCGUUGAGAAUAAGAUGAAGGCCGUGCUCGGGGAGGAGGAGGACCGGCUCCAGCUGGCCCUGACCAACAUGACCAAGAGCCAGAAGCUGCUGCUGGCCAUCCAGACAGGCAUUGACAAUCUCUACAUCCACCUGGUCGGCAUCCCCACGCAGCCCAGCCAGAAAGAAGUGGUGAUGUCCAGCACCCUCGAUGUGUACAGCAAGCUGGCGUACUGCGAGAAGAAGCUCACGUACCUGGUGGACAGGGUGCAGACGCUGACAGAGACCCAGGAGGUAGGCGACACGAAGGUGAUGGACAUCCUGGAGUCCUCCACGCUGAAGGAGAAGCAGAACACCAAGAUCACCUUUGAGGACCAGGACGACGAUGUGAUAGAAACCUUCCAGUUUGCCGACAUGGACCACAGCUACGUACCUUCGCGGGCCGAGAUCAAGAAGCAGGGCCAGCGGCUGAUAGAAGGGAAGCUUAAGACGACCAAAAAGAAAAAGAAGUAG